CAAGGUGAGAGUCUGGCGUUAUCUCAAAGGCAAAGACAUCGUCACUCACGAGAUCCUCUUGGAUGGUGGGAACAAGGUGGUUAUCGGUGGCUUCGGAGACCCGUUGAUCUGCGACAACCAAGUCUCGACUGGGGACACGCGGAUUUUCUUCGUCAACCCUGCCCCGCAGUACAUGUGGCCGGCACACCGCAACGAGCUGAUGCUGAACUCCAGCCUCAUGCGGAUAACGCUGCGCAACCUGGAGGAGGUGGAGCACUGCGUGGAAGAACAUAGGAAGCUUCUUGCUGACAAGCCCAAUAGUUAUUUUACCCAGACGCAGCCGACGCCGCGAGAUGCGUGUCGAGGGAUGCUGUGCGGGUUCGGGGCGGUGUGCGAGAGGAGCUCCACCGACCCCUCCCAGGCCUCCUGCGUCUGCAAGAAGACAGCCUGCCCCAUCGUGGUGGCUCCUGUCUGCGGCUCGGAUUAUUCCACCUACAGCAACGAGUGUGAGCUGGAGAAGGCCCAGUGCAACCAACAGAGGCGGAUCAAAGUCAUCAGCAAGGGACCGUGUGGCUCCAAGGACCCCUGCGCGGAGGUGACCUGCAGCUUUGGCAGCACGUGCGUCCGCUCCACGGACGGCCAGUCCGCCAAGUGCGUCUGCCCAUCGUCCUGCAGCGGCGUGCCCGAGAGCACGGUGUGCGGCAGCGACGGCAAAGACUACCGCAGCGAGUGCGACCUCAACAAGCACGCCUGCGACAAGCAGGAGAAUGUUUUCAAGAAGUUCGACGGCGCCUGCGACCCGUGUAAAGGCGUCCUCAACGACAUGAAUCGUGUUUGCCGGGUGAACCCCCGCACCCGAAGGGCGGACCUGCUCUCCCGCCCCGAGAACUGUCCCCCAAAGAGGGAGCUGGUGUGCGGCGACGACGGGGUGACUUACGACAACGAGUGCGUGAUGGGGCGCUCGGGGGCCAUCCGAGGACUGGAGAUCCAGAAGGUGCGUUCAGGGCAGUGCCAGCAUCAGGACAAAUGCAAGGAUGAGUGCAAGUUCAACGCUGUCUGCCUGAACCGCCGUGGCACCACUCGCUGCUCCUGCGACCGCAUCACCUGCGACGGCGCCUACCGGCCUGUCUGCGCCCGGGACAGCCGGACCUACAGCAACGACUGCGAGCGCCAGAAGGCUGAAUGCCACCAGAAGGCUGCCAUCCCAGUAAAGCACAGCGGACCCUGUGACUUGGGGACACCCAGCCCGUGCCUGAGCGUGGAGUGCACUUUCGGGGCCACGUGCGUGGUGAAGAACCAGGAGGCCGUGUGCGAGUGCCAGCAGGUGUGCCAGGGCCGCUACGACCCCGUGUGCGGCAGCGACAACCGCACCUACGGCAACCCCUGCGAGCUCGACUCCAUGGCCUGUGUCCUCAAGAAGGAGAUCAAAGUGAAACACAAAGGGCCCUGCGACCGUUGUGGCAAGUGCCAGUUUGGGGCCAUCUGCGAGGCGGAGACGGGACGGUGCGUGUGCCCCACGGAGUGCGUUCCCUCCUCUCAGCCCGUGUGCGGCACAGAUGGCAACACGUACGGCAGCGAGUGCGAGCUCCACGUCCGGGCGUGCACGCAGCAGACGAACAUUUUGGUGGCUGCCCAAGGAGACUGCAAGUCCUGCGGCAGCACGGUGUGCUCCUUCGGCAGCAAGUGCGUGGGUGGGCAGUGCGUGUGCCCGCGCUGCGAGAGACAGCCCUUCGCUCAGGUGUGCGGGAGCGAUGGCCUCACCUACGACAACCAGUGCGAACUGCAGGUGGCCUCCUGCCAGCAGAAGAAGAGCAUUGAGGUUGCCAGGAUGGGGCCAUGCGAGGACGAGUGCGGCUCAGGGGGCUCGGGCUCCGGCGACGGUAGUGAGUGUGAACAGGACCGGUGCCGGCAGUACGGAGGCUGGUGGGACGAGGAUGCAGAGGAUGACCGCUGUGUGUGUGACUUCACCUGCCUGACGGUGCCACGUAACCCGGUGUGCGGCUCUGAUGGUGUGACCUACGCCAACGAGUGUGAGCUGAAGAAGACACGGUGUGAAAAACGCCAGGAUCUCUAUGUCACUAGCCAAGGAGCCUGCCGCGCCCUUGUCACGACCCCACCACCUCUCCUGGUUGUGCACUGCAGCCAGACCAUCUACGGAUGCUGCCCAGACAACAUGACCUUGGCGCUCGGAGUGGGUGCAGCUGGAUGCCCAAGUCCCUGCCAGUGCAACCCCUACGGCUCCUACGGCGGGGGAGCCUGCGACCCCGCGACGGGGCAGUGCUCCUGCAAGCCAGGCGUGGGGGGGCUGAAGUGCGACCGCUGCGAGCCCGGCUUCUGGAAUUUCCGCGGCAUCGUCACCGACAGCAAGAGCGGCUGCACGCCCUGUAACUGCGACCCGGUGGGCUCAGUGCGUGAUGACUGUGAGCAGAUGACUGGGCUGUGCUCCUGCAAGACUGGUAUCACUGGCAUGAAAUGCAACCAGUGCCCCAAUGGCAGCAAGCUGGGCAUGACCGGCUGUGAGAAAGACCCGUCAGCCCCAAAAUCCUGCGAGGAAAUGAGGUGUGAGUUUGGGGCCUCGUGCGUGGAAGUCAACGGCUUUGCUCACUGCGAGUGCCCAUCCCCGCUCUGCUCGGAGGCCAACAUGACCAAGGUCUGUGGCUCUGAUGGUGUCACUUACGGGGACCAGUGCCAGCUGAAGACCAUCGCCUGCCGGCAGGGACAAGUCAUCACAGUGAAGCAUGUGGGGCAGUGUCACGAGUCCAUCACUCACACAAGCCACACCUCACCACCCACACCGCUGCCCACACUGCCCGUGGACAAAUUAAUCCUUCCUCCGCCACUGCGGCUCACCACCCGGGCUCCAGAACCCACCGGGUUGGCUACCAGCUCCCUGCUGUCGGAAGCCAGACCUACUGAAAGAGGUCACCCUACAACAAGGCGCAUCACGACUGCCAGACCAGCCACUACACCGUGGAUGACCCAUGGGGUGUAUAAGACCACCGUCCGCCCUCUCUCCACCGCACCGGUGGUCCUGGCCACCACCCAGCCUCCCUACGUUGAGUCAGGCAGCGCAGAAGGCAGUGGAGACCAAGAGAUGGGCAUCAGUGGAGACCAGGAAUCUAGUGGUGCAGGCUCUGCCGGGGAAGAGGAGGUGGAGGAAAACCAGGUAACCUCCACCCCAGCCAUCGAGAGGGCGACGUGUUACAACACCCCGCUGGGAUGCUGCUCUGAUGGCAAGACUGCAGCCGCCGACGCGGAAGGCAGCAACUGUCCGGCUACCAAAGUCUUCCAAGGAGUCCUCAUCUUGGAGGAGGUGGAAGGCCAGGAGCUGUUCUACACACCUGAGAUGGCUGACCCCAAGUCAGAGCUCUUUGGGGAGACGGCCAGGAGCAUUGAGAGCGCGCUGGAUGAGCUUUUCCGCAAUUCUGACGUUAAGAAGGAUUUCAAAAGCAUCCGUGUCCGAGACCUGGGGCAGAGCAGCGCCGUCCGUGUCAUUGUGGAGUCCCACUUUGACCCAGCCACUUCCUACACGGCAGCUGAUGUCCAAGAGGCCCUGCUGAAGCAGAUCAAAGCUUCGAAGAAGAAGACCAUCCUGGUGAAGAAGCCCCAGCAGGAACACGUCAAAUUCAUGGACUUUGGUGAGUCUUCUCUGCCUGCGACGGCGGGAGCCGCCAGCACCAAGAGACCCACCUCCACCUUCCCUGCCACCACCCGCCGCAAGCCCACGCGCCAGCCCCCCGCCACCAAGAAACCCUCGCGGCCCUGCGACUCUCACCCCUGCCUGCACGGCGGCACUUGCGAGGACGACGGGAAGGAGUUCACCUGCAGCUGCCCGGCGGGCAAAGGAGGAGCCGUCUGCGAGAAACCUAUCAGGUACUUCAUCCCCAGCUUUGGCGGCAAGUCCUACCUGGCCUUCAAGAUGAUGAAGGCGUACCACACCGUGCGCAUCGCCAUGGAGUUCAGGACUGUGGAGCUCAGCGGGCUGCUGCUCUACAACGGGCAGAACCGAGGCAAGGACUUCAUUUCCCUGGCGCUGGUUGGCGGCUUCAUGGAGCUCAGGUUUAACACCGGCUCUGGCACGGGCAUCAUCACCAGCAAAGUCCGUGUUGAACCUGGCAAGUGGCACCAGUUAGUGGUGAACCGCAACCGCCGCAGCGGCAUGCUGUCUGUCGACGGGGAGCCCCACGUCAGCGGGGAGAGCCCCACGGGCACCGAUGGGCUCAACCUCGACACAGACCUCUUCAUCGGGGGAGCGCCGGAGGACCAAAUGGCUGCGGUGGCAGAACGUACUGCGGCUACAACCGGCCUGAAGGGCUGCAUCCGCCUCCUGGACGUGAACAACCAGAUGUACGACCUGCGGGAGAAAGGCAGUGAUGUGCUGUAUGGCAGCGGGGUGGGCGAGUGCGGCAACGACCCCUGUCACCCCAACCCCUGCCACCAUGGUGGCAUCUGCCAUGUCAAGGAGGCAGAGAUGUUCCACUGCGAGUGUCUCUACACCUACACCGGUCCAACGUGUGCCGACGAGAGGAAUCCCUGUGACCCUACGCCCUGCCACGUCUCUGCCACCUGCCUGGUGCUGCCAGAGGGAGGUGCCUUGUGCGCCUGUCCCAUGGGCCGGGAAGGAGACUUCUGCGAGCUAGUGACAGAGCAGGACCACACCAUGCCCUUCCUCCCGGAGUUCAAUGGCUUCUCCUACCUGGAGCUGAAUGGGCUGCAGACCUUCGGUAUCCAUAAUCCUUUUCUCCUCAGGGACAAAAUGUCCAUGGAAGUUGUGUUCCUGGCCAAGAACCCCAGCGGCAUGAUCUUCUACAAUGGGCAGAAGACAGAUGGCAAAGGGGACUUUGUCUCUCUGGCCUUACACGAUGGCUACCUGGAGUACAGAUAUGACCUGGGCAAAGGGGCGGCCGUGCUCAGGAGCAAAGAGCCAGUUCCGCUCAACACCUGGAUAAGUGUCCUGUUGGAGAGGAAUGGGCGCAAAGGGGUAAUGAGGAUCAACAACGGCGAGAGGGUGAUGGGAGAGUCACCGAAAUCCCGUAAGGUGCCUCACACCUUCCUGAACCUGAAGGAGCCGUUUUAUGUGGGGGGAGCCCCUGAUUUCAGCAAGUUAGCUCGAGCAGCCGCCAUCUCCACCAGCUUCGAUGGAGCUGUGCAGAGGAUCUCCAUCAAGGGGGUGCCUGUGCUGAAGGAGCAGAACAUCCGCAGCGCCAUUGAGAUCUCCCCCUUCCGAGGCCAUCCCUGUACCCGAAAACCCAAUCCUUGCCAGAACGGAGGCACUUGCAGCCCCCGGCUAGAGAGCUACGAGUGUGCCUGCCAGCGGGGCUUCUCCGGGGCUCACUGUGAGAGAGUGAUCAUCGAGAAGGCUGCUGGAGAUGCAGAGGCCAUUGCUUUUGAUGGUAGGACAUAUAUGGAGUACCACAAUGCCGUGACAAAGAGCCACCUCACCAAUGAGAUCCCCGCUCCCGAAGCGCCGGACUAUCCCGCGGAGCCCAGCGAGAAGGCCUUGCAAUCGAACCACUUUGAACUAAGCAUCAAAACGGAGGCCACUCAGGGGCUGAUCCUGUGGAGCGGGAAAGGGCUGGAGCGAUCAGACUACAUUGCCCUCGCCAUAGUGGAUGGCUUCGUGCAAAUGACCUACGACCUCGGCUCCAAGCCCGUCGUCUUACGAUCCACGGUCCCGGUCAACACCAACCAGUGGAUUCAUAUCAAAGCGUACAGGGUACAGAGAGAAGGUUCCCUUCAAGUCGGCAACGAAGCCCCCAUUGCCGGCUCUUCUCCGCUUGGUGCAACACAGCUCGAUACAGAUGGGGCCCUGUGGUUGGGGGGGCUGGAGAAGCUGAGCGUGGCUCACAAGCUGCCCAAAGCCUACAGCACCGGCUUCGUCGGCUGCAUAAGGGACGUGAUUGUCGACCGCCAAGAACUGCACCUGGUGGAGGACGCUUUAAACAACCCCACGAUAUUACACUGCUCAGCCAAAUAGACCCCCAGGGACCCUUCCUUCUCCUUCCCUCCCUCCUGCCUAUUGCUGUAAUUAUUUUCUAUUUUUGUAAACUUAUUGCUUUUUAUAUUUUGGGGGGAGGGGGGAAAGGGAGGGGAGGAAACACCUUUUCUUUUGGGUUAUUCGUUCGGUUGCAGUCUAUCCAGGUCAGUCAGACUCUAAUCAAACAGCAGCGACGAAGAACAAACCUUGAACCAAGUCUCCAAGAAGUGACAGAAGAACUUCCCCAUCGCACCUGCAUUUGUAAAUCUUAUUCAUACUUGAAGCUUCUUUUUUUCGGGUUCUUUUUCCCCCUCCUUACUUGUGUUCUCGGGUUGUUGUUCACGCCUGGGGGGGGCCGGGGGGGGGAAGGAUGCUGGU